AAUCUUUCUAUUUCUCUGUGUUCCUUCUCUGUCACUUUUUAUUUUUUUCUUUGCUUUUGCUUUGCUUUGCUUUAACUCUUUCACAUUUCCAUACAAAAUCCCAAGUGUUUCUUCAACAAAUUUCUCCCUAACCAUAAUCAUUCUCAUCACUCUCUAGGUUUUGCUCGUCUAAAAAAAGUUCUCUUCGGCAUAAUCAUUCUCACCACUCUCUAGCUUUCAGUUUUAAGCCGGUCGAUUUGUGCAUUGGGUUUUUAAUUUGUGGAAACCACUGCACUCUAGGAUUAGUUGCUCGACUAGGGUGAAUUUGCAGACUGCAGUGGCGUCGGAAAUGUAAGACUAUGAGUAUGAUUAAGUUUAUAGACGUUUUGGGAGCCACCUUUUCCCUUUAUUUUCCGAUCUAGGAAAAUCAGGUAGAAAAGAUAACAUUACCAUCUUCAUAUAUCAAAUUGGGACAGGUAUGAUCCAUUUGUCUUUAUGUAUAAUCUUUGAAUCUUCUCUCUUGACUUGCGGGGCCUUAGGGUGUUUGACAGACUUCGUUGUUUUUCUUGUUUUUGAUAUUAAAGUACUACUGAAUAACUGAAACUUCUCCAAGUUAUCUGAAAUUUAGACACCGCUACUUGGUUGCUGCCCUUUCUAUUUCAACGUAUAGCUUGGAACAUACUCUUCUGCAUUCAAGUUAUCAUCUUUCCAUUUACAAUUUAAAGAAAAACGGUUGUCAUCUUUCCUUUGGAGCACUUUGGUCCUUUAUUCAGAACCAUUUUCCACCGUUUAAUCUGUUAUCUACUGUAAAGGGACUUAUAUUAAAGCACAAGUCUUUUAAGUGUUUAGUUCAUUCUUGGAAAACUACAUCUUUUGAUGUUCAAGAACGUGUCCCAACUUGAUCAUCCGCCAGGAAGUCAACUAGGUUCGACGUUUUUCUUGGGCAGUGUGCAUGAAUCUCCAAUCUCAUAUUUUGGCAUUUUUUCAUUUCACCUGCCAUUGAUUUUUGGUCUCCUAUCCGGGGAACAAUGUAAUAGUGUGUGCCUUAUUUGGUGUUUUCAAGUAACCUAAGCUGAUUCAGCAAUGGAAUCUGGACUCACAUGAGAUAAGCUAUUGAAUUGUUUAGCAUUUGGCACAUCUAGGUAUACUGUUGCACCUGCUAUUGUUCUGUGACAUAUCUGGGUAUACUGUGUAGGUGCUGCUGUUCUGUUGAUUCUUGGGGCUCAUCUAGUCUGGCAUUCGUUGAACUAAGUUCUAAAUGAUUUAAUAGUUGUAUUGACAACAGAAAUGAAGAAAUGGUACGGUGGUGUUUUAACUACAUCCGUGUUGAUGUUUUUGGUCUUGGGAUACUGUGUGAUGAGGAAACCUGUCAAGGAAAGCUAUAUUACGAGUUCUCUCUACUUCAAUAUGACAAAUCCUCUUGAAUGGAUAAAUUCUAUGGCUCCACCCGCAGCUCACCAUCCAGAAAAGAUUACUCAAGUAAUAUCUGCUGAAAUUGUUGUCUCUGAUCUCUUUAUUAAGAGGAACCUAUCAGCUCAGGAGCAGCAAAAUUUGUUUACAUGGUAUCAAUUGAAAAGGUUAGCUACUCAUGAUCUAGUUUUACCUAAUGCUAUAGAGGCAGUUAAGGAAGCCACUGUUGCAUGGAACAACCUCAUGAGUGCAGUGGAGAGGGAAAAACUCGAUACAAAUGAUAGUUCGAUUAAGGCAGGGAAACAGAAACAAUGUCCUCAUUUUCUUAGCAAAACCAAUGCUACAGAAUUUGAUUCUAGCGGCUUUAGGUUUCGGCUUCCUUGUGGCCUGACUCAGGGUUCUUCCAUCACAAUAAUUGGCAUUCCAAAUGGUCUUCUUGGUAAUUUUCGGAUAGAUUUGACUGGUGAACCACUACCAGGUGAACCAGAUCCUCCUAUUAUUCUGCACUACAAUGUUAGGCUCCAUGGUGAUAAAGUAACCGAGGAUCCCGUAAUUGUACAAAACACCUGGACUAUUGCACAUGACUGGGGUGAAGAAGAGCGCUGUCCGUUACCAUUGGAUGAAAAGAGUAAGAAAGUGGAUGAAUUGGACCAAUGCAAUGAGAUGGUGGGCAAUAUCAUGGCUGCUCGGCACGUCAUAGCAACAAAUAAAUCUAGCAUGGUUCAAGAUGGGGCUAAAUCAAGAAAAUAUUUUCCUUUCAAGCAAGGAUAUCUCUCAGUUGCCACUCUUAGAGUAGGAUCCGAAGGAAUUCAAAUGACAGUUGAUGGAAGACACAUAACAUCUUUUGCUUUUCGUGAAACUUUGGAACCGUGGCUCAUAAGUGAAGUGAGGAUAUCGGGAGACAUAAAGUUAACUUCUGUUGUCGCAAGUGGUUUACCAACAUCAGAGGAUUCAGAGCAUAUUAAUGACUUGGAAGCUUUAAAAGCAGCUCCUCUUCCUCUACGAAAAAGACUAGAUCUCUUUAUUGGUGUAUUUUCUACCGCAAAUAAUUUUAAACGCAGAAUGGCUGUCCGUAGAACGUGGAUGCAAUAUGAUGCAGUGCGGUCUGGACAAGCUGCAGUGCGGUUUUUUGUUGGCUUGCAUAAAAAUCAAAUGGUGAAUGAAGAGCUCUGGAAUGAGGCUAGGACAUAUAGAGAUAUCCAGCUGAUGCCCUUUGUUGAUUACUACAGUCUUAUCAGUUGGAAGACCAUUGCCAUCUGUGUUUUUGGGACAGAGGUUGUUUCUGCAAAGUUUGUCAUGAAGACAGAUGAUGAUGCAUUUGUUCGAGUGGAUGAAAUCUUAUCUUCUAUGGAGAGGGUUAACACGAGUCGUGGAUUGCUAUAUGGUCUUAUUAACGCGGAUUCUCAACCUCAUAGGAGCCCCGAUAGCAAGUGGUUUAUCAGUCCAGAGGAAUGGCCUGAAGAAACUUACCCUCCUUGGGCACAUGGGCCCGGUUAUGUCGUCUCCAGCGAUAUAGCAAAAACGAUCAGCUCAAAACAGAGAGAAGGUCGCCUAAAGAUGUUUAAGCUGGAAGAUGUUGCUAUGGGCAUCUGGAUUUCGGAAAUGAAGAAAAACAGGUUGCAAGUGAAGUAUGAAAAGGAAGAGAGGAUUUUUAAUGAAGGUUGCAGGGAUGGUUAUGUUAUUGCACAUUACCAAAGCCCUAGACAGAUGCUCUGUCUAUGGCAAAAGAUUGAAGAGAAUAAACGGGCCUUAUGUUGUGGCGAUUAACACAAAAUAGUGUUCGUCUGAGUUCUGAACGCUCAGAAGUUCCUAUAACUAAGAUUUGACAAACUUCCUGCUGACCUUUUCUUGUAGCUGACUGAGGACAUGUACUUGAGGUGGAACACUAAAUAGGUCGGGAAGAAGAGGCCAAGGUCAUGCUUAUACCAUAUUGUUGUUGUAGGAGGUAGAGUAGUUACUAGCAUAUUGAUAUUAGUUGGUGAUUAGAUUAGCUUGUUAAAUAUAUUACUAGAGGUUGAUUUUUGAAGAUGUUGGGGGAAGGUAUCUGUAUUAUAAACAGAGUCAAAUGGAGGGGCAUUAUAUGUUGUCUAGAGCAUGGGUACACUAUGUACUGUGAUUAUUUUGUAUAAAUCACACGAUCUCUCGUACCCAUUAUUUUUAGUGAAGAGCAUUGAUGUAUGCUUCAGUAUAUUUUGAUGUUGGAAAUAUUACCAGUUUCCAAAAAAAAAAGUAUAUUUUGAUGUUGGAGUUC